AUGGGGCAAACCAGGCGAUUCGGCGGGGAUUGGGGCCAGGAGGGGGCCAGGAUAGGGGAUAGGGCAGGCAGUUACGUGCACAUAUUAAUUUGGGGGGUCACUAGACAACAGUUUAACUUCCUCUUGCUCCCUCUCGCUCCCUCUCCCUCUCGCUCCCUCUUUGACUGGCGAUGGCGAUGGAGGACGCCCACCACACGAAACAACGCGUUGGUUCCCCUGGCGCCCCUGGAACACUCCUGCAGCCGGGCCUGUUCAGCGGGCACGACUGAGCAGCGACUGCAGUGGGAACAAGCCAAUGGUGCGCCCGUCCCUGGCCCUGGCCCUGGCCCUGGCCCUGGGGACCGGAUUAAGGUGGAGCCAACACGACAUGCUGCGACUCUGGGUGUCGAGCCCUCCAGAGCCCUCCCUCCUGGCUUUUCGGUGCCCUCAGCCAACUGCUUGCCCGAUCCCAGUCCUGGCGAUUCGGUCUUUACGUUCCUCAGGCACCUACACCUACCCGUUCAUUUCCUGCUCCUCAUCCUCGGAGCCUGUCCCUCAGGAGCCAAAGAAGCAGAGAGUCAAAAGAGUCAAACCUCAACAGGCUCAAACUUUGCCAGAAACAACCCUUUCCCCCCCGUCUGGACUCCGUUCCAUCAGGCAGCUUCCUCUGAUUGGGCGCAGAUCCUUCAGAUGGCUCUGAUCCCUCGCGUCCCAGCCGCUGACUCGCUGACUGGCUCCAUGAAGCAAUCCCUGUCUGGUACCUGGCCCUAA